UGUACUAAGUUCCAUCACUGACUAUAAGAACAACAAGAAGCAAAUGGCAGCCAAGAAUUUAACAGUCACAUUUCUUAUACUUGUCCUAGUCGCGGCUCCAUUUCCAGGCAUAGCAGUCUAUGUUACUCCUGGAAAUGUAACGUGCCACGACGUUAUUAAUUACUUCGCGUAUUGCCAAGAAUAUGUAGAUGGAGAUUAUGAAGAUCCAACUCCAGCGUGUUGCGAUAACUUACAUAUUAUGAACGAGAAUGUGAAAAAGGAUAAUACAGAAGCUCGUAGGUAUUGUUAUUGUAUUGAAGUUUUCUGUGCUACAGUUGGUCGUCCUCAUCCUCCUUAUCUUCAGUCUCGGAUUACAGAUCUUAAUACAAAAUGUAACUUUCAUCGUAGUUUUCCCAUCUCUGAGCACAUGGACUGCACAAAUGUUUAGUAAGAGAAUAUUCAGCUCUGCAGAAGGAUAGCAGUUCUCCACAAUUAUAUGUUAGAAAAAGAAAAUAUAUUGUAUAUAUAUGAAUUGGACGAAUGAUGAAUUGAUCAUACUUAUCUCAACAUGUAGUACAACACCUCAAUCCCAGCCUGGG